AUGUUGGCCCGUGUUGCUGGUCGCACCAGAACUGGUGUUGUUCGUGCGGGAACGGCCGGUGGGAGUGCGGUGUCGAAAGAACUGGGUUCUUUUGUGAAAUCAACCGGCGGUCAUGGUAGCCACCGGUCGGGUUUAGAUGGGGUUUCGACUACUGCGACUACUGUGAGUAGAAGGCUAUUUUCAAGUGCCAAUCCGGUUUCAAAACUUUCUAAAUCUCACAGUCCACUGUCAGCACAGUCGAAACUGGAAAUUACUAAACGUAUGGCCCCUGGUAAUACUCUCUUGUUACAGUAUCCGUCGCCUUUUCUUCGCAGAUUACAUACUCCGGUGAUGCCAGGAGGAUCAUCCGGUGCGAACAUGACGACCCGGCUCUUUUCGAUUUAUUCAAUUCCAAAGUUCUUUGCAAAAGUGAUUCGAGUACCUGCUGCAGCCGCUAGUACAGUUGUUGGAGGCGCAGCUUAUGUCAGUUACAAAGUUCAAGAAGCAUCGAGUUAUACAGUGGAUAAGCUACAUCAAGCGUCGGAUAUGAUUACUGGAGCAUUUUCAUCAGCCAAGUCUGCUCUUGAGAAUAUAGAACUUCCAGAUUUCAGUUUAGGAGAGUUCUGGGAUUCAAAAGCUGCCGAUAAAGCUGCUGAUGACAGCGAGUCGAGUUCUGGAAACGGUGGCAAUGGUCAAAACAGUAGCAGUGGUGGUGGAGGUGGUGGUGAAGAAGGUAAUGGUGCUGGAGCUGCUGCAUUGGCUGCUGGAGUAGCACUUGGUGUUGAUGACGAGACGAAUCCCGAUGGAUCGAUGUCAGCGGGUACUGAAGACCAAAUGAUGGUGUUGACCAAGAAAAUGAUCGAGAUCAGGUCUAUUUUACAGCGUGUGGACCAGUCGGAUACGUUACAGCUGCCAUCGAUUGUUGUUAUUGGAUCACAGAGUUCAGGUAAAUCGUCUGUUUUAGAAGCUAUAGUCGGUCAUGAGUUUUUACCAAAAGGUUCCAAUAUGGUUACGAGACGACCAAUUGAAUUGACACUUAUUAAUACCCCCGACUCAGCAGCCGAGUAUGGUGAGUUCCCUGCAUUAGGUAUUGGCAAAGUGACCGAUUUUUCCCAAAUUCAAAAGACCCUGACCGACUUGAACUUGUCAGUUCCUGAUAGCGAAGCUGUCUCUGACGAACCCAUUCAAUUGCAUAUAUAUUCGCCACACAUUCCCGACCUGACAUUGAUUGACUUGCCUGGUUAUAUUCAAGUAGCAGCAUCAGAUCAGCCCGGAAGUUUAAAGCAACGAAUCAACGAGCUGUGUGAGAAAUACAUUCAACAGCCAAAUGUCAUUCUUGCUAUUUCAGCUGCCGAUGUUGAUUUGGCCAACAGCAGCGCUCUUAAAGCCAGUCGAAGAGUUGAUCCUAGAGGUGAGAGAACCAUUGGCGUUAUCACGAAAAUGGACUUGGUUGACCCUGAUAGAGGAUAUGACGUUCUGACCAACAAAUCGUAUCCAUUGAAAAUGGGAUAUGUGGGUGUCAUUACUAGAGCCCCAACACCAGUUGGCGGUUUAUUCCGACGAAGUUCGAAUAACAUUACCACGUUGGUAUCACAAAAUGAGCAAAACUUUUUCUCUCAGCAUCCCGAGUAUAAGGAUGCCGCGAUUACUGUCGGAACUUCACAACUUCGACGGAAAUUAAUGACCGUACUGGAGAAAACCAUGGCUAACAGUCUUGAACCAACAUGCGAAUCAAUUCACCAAGAGCUUGAAGAAGCAACAUACCAGUUCAAGGUAGAAUAUAACGAUCGAGUGUUGACUCCACAGACAUACUUAGCUGGCUCAGUAGACAGCUUUAAGCUUGCAUUCAAGGACCUCACUUCACAACUCGGAAGAGAUCAAGUACGCAAGCUACUCAAAAGUGAGCUCGAUCAGAAAGUACUUGAUAUUCUUGCUCAGAGAUACUGGAACAAGCCACUGGUAGCACCAUCUCCUAACGCUAAAGGCGGCAAUCCUUCAGACCUGUACACAGUUGGAGCAGAUUUGUUUGAGCCACCUAUCAGUGAACUGCCAAAUUCAGCACCUGAUGAUGUGUUCUGGCAUCGUAAGCUUGAUGCUUCUGCAUCUGCCCUUACUAAACUGGGAAUGGGAAGGCUUUCAACUUCACUUGUUAUCAAUGAAUUGACCAACGAGAUGGAUGAGCUUGUAGCAGCGACUAACUUCAGGAACCAUCCUUAUGCUCGCAAUGCUAUCCAAGAAGCCACUGCUGAUAUUCUGAACAUGCGGUUCUACUCUACUGCCGACCAAGUAGAAAACUGUAUUAAACCUUACAAAUAUGAAGUCGAAGUCGAAGACAGAGAAUGGACCAGUUCACGUGAACACAGUUAUAACUUGUUGAAGGAAGAACUUCGCCAGUGUGAGGCGACUUUUGCAACUCUCAAGCGAAAUAUUGGCAGUAGCAAGCUGACCCAGGUGAUGAAGUUUGUUGAUCAGACUCGACCUACUCGAACAAACAAGAGUAAUGCGUCGACCCCACCACAUCCUCCACCAGAAGGUACCGAAGCAUUUGGAUUUUCACAAGCGCUUCUUACCAAGGGAAGAGAAGCUGUGUUCCUGCGUGAUAGAGCCGAUAUUCUAAAGCUGCGUAUGGCCGCUGUAAAGUCUCGUCAAUGCAAGUCCAAGGAAAAUAAAUAUUACUGUCCAGAGGUGUUCCUUGACGUUGUUGCUGAAAAACUGACUCAGACAGCUGUAUUAUUCCUGAACGUGGAGCUUUUGUCUGAUUUUUAUUACAAUUUCCCGCGAGAGCUGGAUAAUAGAUUAGGCAAGAGUCUCACUGAAGAACAGGUCGAAGCUUUUGCCAAGCAGGAUGUCAAAAUUCGUCGUCAUAUUGAGCUCCAGCAGCGCAAAGAGUUAUUGGAGCUUGCACUUAGUAAGAUUGAAAGUGUUAUUGAGCUGCAAAAGUCUCGUGUCAAACCUGAUAUGCGAAGGUAA